AUCUCAACUGAUGCAAGAAGUCCCAGAGCACCAAGCAACAGCACAGACAGUUCGGGAAGCAGUUUGGGAAGCUCUGUCACAGCAUGUAAAAAGAUUCUCUGCAGUAACAGUCUGCUAGAAUCAACAGACUACUGGCUGCAGAAUCAGAGGACACCAUGCCAAAUUGGCUUUCUGGAAGACAAGUCAGAAAGCAACUGUGCCUCAGUUUGCUUUGUGAAUUUAGAUGCAAACAGAGACGAUUGCAGCAAUGAGCAAGUGCAACAGAAAUUGAUCAGCGUCUCUCCAAAUCUCCCCAAACUCAUCAGUUCUAUGAAUGUACAACCACCCAAGGAAAAUGAAAUAGUCCUGCUGACUGGAUUAACAUCAGGAAACCUUCAAGCUGAUUAUGAAGUUCCCCAGCGUCCUUGGCUAGCAGAUGUCUGCUUGGUUCAGUGUGCAAGGGGGGACAGGAAGAACAGCGCAAGCUGCAUCAUCUUUGAAAUAAACAAGUUUCUGAUUGGGCUUGAGCUUGUUCAGGAGAGACAGCUGCAGAUAGAAGCUCAUGUCUCAAAGCCUGAGGAUGACACAAACUGCUCAGUGUCCUCAAUAGAAGAAGAUUUCCUCACAGCAUCUGAGCACCUCGAGGAGGAAAACGAGGCUGAUGAGUAUAAAACUGGCCAUGAAAAAAUAAGUGUUUCAGAAUCAUCUUCAGAUAUCAAAAAAAAUAAAGGAAAAGGAUUUGAAAAUCUCCACUACAGGAAAGCCAGGUUGCCAUUAAUUCUGGAAGGAAAUUCCAUUAAUAAAGAAAAUACAGCUACUAGAGUCUCUGAAGCUGUGAAUGCUGUGGUCGAAGAUGGCAUCUCACAACCUGAAGAUAAGCCACACCAGGAAAUCCCGUGGCAGAAGGAAUUAGUGGAAACAGCUACAUCAUCUGUCAGUACUAGUAAUUUGACUAGUGGGGUCGAACACUCCUGCUCAGUGAAUGUAUUAGAAGACGUAUCUUUAACCAAAAUGGCUAAAGAAGAGCUGGGGCCUCUUCACAACCCAAUAGCAAAACACAUCAGUAAGGCAGACAUAGAGGAAUGUGCAGGUGGUAGGAAAAGUGAUCCCCCCUGGCAAAAUGAGCAAGCAUCUACAGGUCAGUAUGCCACAAAUUUAGCAGAAUCUGUUCUGCAAGAUGCAUUCAUCAGACUGUCACAGUCUCAAACCACUUUUAAUGAGGAGGCUGCGGUCAGCAUCUCUGUAGGGAGCUCCUGCAAGUCAGAAGAUGUGUCUGCUGCCCGAUCAUGGAAUGAACUUCCAAAGAUCGUCAUAGUGCAAAGUCCAGACAGCUGUGAGAAUGUGUCUGACUGGCCAGGGUCUGCCUUCCCAAACAUGUGCCACUGGACUGAAUCAGAAAGUUCUGCUGAAGUUUCAGAUUACUUCGAGGAAGAACAUUCAAAUGGGCAAAGCCAGAGCGCACUGGAGAUGGCCCUGGCGUGUGCAGCGACUGUCAUUGGAACCAUCUCAAGUCCCCAGGCUGCAGAAAAGUUCAGACAGGACCAAGAAACCACAGACUCCAAAAAUGGAGCAGUAGAUAGUGAAGAGACACAGACAGCGUCUUCACAGCUACUUGAGGAUUGUUCUGGUACAGAAUAUUCAUUUCCAUCUGCGCUGUGUGGCAUGACUCAGGUAGCAAGUGCUGUAGCAGUCUGUGGACUGGGGGAAGCAAAUGAAGAGAAGUACCCUGCAACUUCGAGUGGUCUGCUGUCUGCAGCUCAGACAUCUGCAGCCAUUACUCUUCAUUGCAGCAUAGCUAUAGGAAGCAGCAUGGAGAAGCUGAAUGAUAGCAUUGCAGAGGCACUUCUCAAAGAGGCAUCAACAAUUUUGACAAAACCCAAUACAUACAAAAACAUAGGGCAUUUUAUGGAAUCCAUAAAUGGAAGAAUUAUUGAAACAGCAGCAAGGCCACAGAUUCCACACUCUGAUGGAGUAAUCAGGGAUGAACUUGCACAAAACUUAUCUAAUAUUAUUCUACGUCAUUCUAUCGAAGAGGUUAGGAAGAAGAGACAGCUACAGCCCCGUUCAGAAAACAGCUCGAAUACACAAGACAUUUUCAUGGAGACUGCAAAUGAGUUGCUUUUUAAUGUGAUAUAUUUCACUUGCAAGAAGAUGAAUGACAUAAGACAAGUUGAAGAGUGUUCUCCUCUGUUUUCUGACAGCCCAAAAGCCAAGAAAGUAACAAGAGUAGAAGGAUGGCCAACACAGGCAACCGCACAUGAAACAUCACACAGACCCCUUGGUCAUUCUGCUGUUAAGCCACUUGGUACAUGCUACAGUGCUAGCAAAGAACUUGGAAACGGUACAGGCACUAGGAAAACUAACAUGAGAGAUGUAAAUAGCAAGGAAAGUGCCACGCUGAAUUCAGAACUAAGUAGAGCCACUGGGCAUAAUGGGCUUGUUGCAAAAACAUCUCCCAAGAAAAGAUACCUGAAAAGAACCACACGAGACUGUUACAAAUCCCCAAAUCAGGGUAACAAUCAGAAGAAGAAAGACUAUAGAUCAUUUUCAGACAGAGAAAACACCUUUGCAAACAAUGAAUGCAGGCAUGGCGUUCAAGAACAACAGUCUUCCAAUGCUGCUGUGAAUGCAGAUAACCAGGUGAAUCAUAAGUGUGAUGCUGUGCUAAACGAUGAAGUCCAAGUUAGCUUAUCUUUGUUAGGAAGCCAUGUCUUGCUUCCUUCUCAGCCUGUGCUCCAGGUGAAACAUUCAAGGGACAAAUAUUGUAUAACAGAUUUUGCAGAAGAAUUGGCAGAAACAGUGGUCUCUAUGGCAACCGAAAUAGCUGCCAUUUGUCUUGAAAACUCAAAUGGAAAGCAACCCUGGUUCUGUGCAUGGAAGAGAGGCAAUGAAUAUCUGGUGACCCAGAGUUUGUCAUGCAGAACCAUGAAGAGGAAAAAGGAAACCCAUGCUAAUAGCUCAGUUGUUCGGAAGCACAGGGCACCUAGACUCAGCGAGAUCAAAAGAAAGACAGAUGAGCAUCCUGAGCUAAAGGAAAAGUUGAUGAAUCGGGUAAUAGAUGAAUCUAUAAACCUUGAGGAUGCACCAGAUUCUGUCAAUAUCUUUGCAAAUGAAGUGGCUGCAAAAAUCAUGAACCUCACUGAACUCUCCAUGGUUGACAGCAUCUGGCAAGGUCCAAACCAUCCCAGGAACAGGCUGCACUGUGACAGAUGGAGCCGAGCCAAGGCCUCAAGCUGUGAGAGCAUCCCAGAGGAGGAUGCAGAUUCCAAAGCCUCUGUCAAUACCUUAGGCCUAAUGAACACCUUUGGUCAAUCGGUGAGCCAGACAAGUUCUGUCUCAAAGCAGUCUAGCUGUGAAAGCAUUACAGAUGAAUUUUCAAGAUUUAUGGUGAACCAGAUGGAAAAUGAAGGAAGAGGCUUUGAUUUGUUACUGGAUUACUAUGCAGGAAAAAAUGCAAACAACAUCUUAACUUCUGCUUUGCAACAAGUAGCCAAGAAAAAUGGUCACCUUAACAUAAGACCAAGUUGCCCAUCCAAACAGUCCAGCACAGAAAGCAUAACAGAAGAAUUUUAUAGGUAUAUGCUAAGAGAAAUAGAAAAGGAAAACAAAGAUAACCUAUCUUCCCCUCGAAAUUCAAAGGACUGGUGUGGCAGUUUGCUACCGCCCUCUUUACGAUCACCUUUUUGCUUCAGACAAGCCUCAAUGCCUGACACCAGAUCAUCCAGCUCUAGACUAACAGUUAACAUCCCAGUCAAGGCAAAUUCAUUAGAUGGAUUUGCCCAGCACCACCGGGAUUCCUUAAGCGUACAGCCAGUCAGUACUGUGGCUUCUUCAGGUCUUUGCAAGUCUGAUUCCUGCCUGUACCAAAGAUGCAAGACUGACCAGAUCACUGAUAUGUUGAUUCACGAGACAUGGGCGAGUUCUAUUGAAUCUCUAAUGCGCAAGAACAAAAUCAUAGCAGAUGAGGCAGAGGUUGCAGAGGCAGAUCGCUUUCACAGUGAUUCCCCACCACAUGUGGAACAAUAUGCAAACAGACUGGCUGCAAAUAUUGUUGAAAGUGGUAAAAGUUUAAUAGUUGUCCAGCAGGAUUCCUUUGAUUCUACGAGCCAAGAUCAUAUGCUGGAAAGCAAAUAUCCCCAAAGCGCAACUCAGAUUCAAACAAAACCCAAAAGAGAUGGAAUAAAUUUGGAUGAGCAGAAAGAGAAGAUGAAGAACCCUGGAUGCCUCCCUGCAGGUCAGCACAGGGAAGUGCCUUUAAUUCAGAUAGAAACUGAUCAACGAGAUGAGGCAGAUAAAGACUCUGAGUGCUUAACUUCACAUGACUCUUCUGGAAAGGAGCAUCAAAGCAAUGAAAAACCUCCAGAAGCUUAUGCUGGGAAGCACACGGUUUCCAGUUCCUUACUGAAUAGCAAGAAUGCUCAGAGCAGACUAGAUGCUGAAGUCCCAGGAGAGACAAAAACAGCUGAAGAAUUUCCAAACCAUCUCAGCAGCAGUGAGGAAAGCACUGGUAGCUGGUCCCAGCUGGCCAAUGAUGAGGACAAUCCAGAUGACACAAGUAGCUACUUACAACUCAGUGAACGAUCCCUCAGCAAUGGCAACAGCAGUACAACUAGCAGUCUUGGCAUUAUGGACCUGGAAAUUUAUCAGGAGAACAUGCCAUCUUCUCCUAUGAUUAAUGAAUUAGUAGAAGAAAAGGUUUUCCUUAAAGAACAGACAGAAAAUACAGAGGAAAGUACUUCAGGGCUCUCAGUGGGAACAGCCAAUUGUCAGAAGGACCUCUUGGUGAUAAAUUUUGAUCUGGAACCAGAAUGCCCUGACGCAGAGCUUCGAGCCACCCUGCAGUGGAUAGCUGCUUCUGAACUUGGAAUCCCAACCAUCUAUUUUAAAAAAUCUCAGGAAAACAGAAUUGAAAAGUUUUUAGAUGUUGUGCAACUAGUUCAACGGAAGUCCUGGAAGGUUGGCGAUAUCUUUCAUGCUGUGGUGCAGUACUGCAAGCUCAGUGAGGAAGGCAGAGAGAUGACACCAAGCCUGUUUGAUUGGCUCCUUGAACUGGGUUAAGAAAGUUCACCUGUUCGGCAUUUUUGUUUUAAUCCAGUUUAAGUAAGCAGUGAUUUGUGUAACGCUCUGACUUUCAAACAUCACUGAGUACAAUGAGCAAAGACAUACAAACUCUACAGAAACAGCACACGUCUGUUCCACAGCUGAGCACUGAGCAAAGUGAAACCAAGGCGUAUUGUAUCUUUCUGUAUCCUGAGGGACUCUUGACAUAUUGUGCUAUAGGAUGUACUGUACUAGGAGGGGAUGGAUUUUUAGCCUUCUGAAUUAAUGGACUACACAGUAAAGACUUAAAUCUCCGAUAAGAUCCAUUUUCAUCAAUUUGAUUAAAUCAAUCAGCUGAAAUGCGACAGUAUGCUAACAUUCAGUUCUAAAAACAACACUAAUGUUUGUACAGUUUACCUAUUAGAACCUGAGCGUGUUCCAGGAUGCACAGAGAAACCCAUGUCCCUAGAUAAAUAAAACAAAACCAAACCUCCAAGGUCUUCUAAGGGGUAAAAACUUUUGAACACACCAGAUCUUUAUGGUUAGAUGGCACAAUAAAAGCCUACUGAAAACACAUUUCAGUUUCUUUCCAUGCAAUUAUUUCUCUCCCAUAGCGGUUUGCCAUCCCUGUCUUCUUCUCAAGGAAAUGAGAUCUAGAAUCUCAGUUAAUACCCUUAAAAGAAAUUUCUUUUCCCUUAGAGGCAGUGAAGUUUGGGAUCUCUAUGCUUGGUAUGUCCCCGAGCACAGCUCUGUGAGUCAUGGGAGUCACGGCAGCGGGUUUCUGAAGCCCUGUCCCACCCCAGGCCUGCCAGGUGACCUCAGGUGAGUCAUUUCACCUCUGUGCCUCAGUGUCCCUACCUGGUUAAAGGGAGUGAUGAUAGUAAAUGUGUUACAUGAAGUGCUUUUAUUUAAAGCACCAUGUAACACGCUACAUGUGAGUUAAAAGUAGUGAAAAAAAUACUAUUUUAGUUUUAGUUUAAUCAAGUAAAUUGUUAAUAAGGUAAAAAAAAAAAACAUAUCUGAAGAGUGCUGCCUCGACAGACAGUUAUGAAAAUUAAGAUUUUUAGGAAAUCAAAAUGAUUGUUAAAAUCUCAGCACAUGUGCUUGUUCAUUUUGGAUGCAAGUGUUUGGACUAUAUAUGAUAGUUCACAUUGCUAUAACAUUUAUAUAACUUUGAUAAGAUAUCCUAUAGUAUCUUCUUGCUGAGAUGAUCUGUUAGUAUCAUGCGCUCAGUGAUACUCUCGACUCUUCCAAAGAGAUUGGUUUUAGAUUUAAAGGUAAAUAUAACCUAUCACAUCAAAGCUCUUCUGAGAUUUAUUUCUUUGAAAAUCUUUAUCUUUUGCCUCUCCCUUCCCAAAUAGCAUAAUAGAAAACCAGCCUUUCCCAAUACAAUAUUUAAGAGAUUUUAUUUUCCAUAUAACAAUCUAUGCUUCUGUACUAUUUCUUGGGAGGGGGGGAAGAGAAAACUGUCCUUUUGCACUAUUUUUGAAGAUUUUGAAGUAGUUUUAAAUAAUUUAUGAAAAAGAGCCAUAUUAUUCUCAAUUUAAUCUUUAAAACCAUUCCUGAAGUUGCAUGAUUUUCAUUCAUUUGUUGAGAGAGACAAAUUGUCAGUGAAACAAUACAGAACAUUAAAUAACAUGAGAAAUUCUACAUCUCUGCAACAUAUACAGAACAGUGGAGGUCUCUUUACUGCCAGGAUAAAGGUCAGUUUGUUGCAUACACUAAACUUAACUGUGCAGUCACUGGGCUUAUUCUUACAAACUGCUGAACAUCCACAACUCACACCAACAUGCGUGGUAACACUGAAUGUUCCGCAUUUCCGAGGCUGAAAGUCAGUAAAAAGCACCAAGUAUUAUAUAAAGUGCUCUGAGUUAAUAAAUGGGAAAGCGUAUUUAUUUUAAGCCAAAUACAGUUAGUUGUCAGUAAAUCAAUUUUUUGCUGUGAUAGAAUUAAUGUUUACUUAUCCUACAAAGCACAAAUAUCAUGACUGAGUUGUAAGCGUGAUGCAGUUUCUCUGUAUAGUUCUUAAUGUUGCAGUUUGUUCAGAAAUAAAUUUAUGUUAUAACAUGUCAUCUUUGUCUUCCUAAAAAAAAUAUUCGACCAAUUAAAUAUUUGCAUGUCAUCCCUGUAGCAUCCAUUAUUUGCUUCUCAAAGCAAUGCUUCUGAAUGAAACAUCUGACCCACAGCCCUAACGAAAGCAAGCACUGGGUCUUACCUCAUUCCCAGAGCUGUGACUUUCCUCACAUUCCACAAUUCAUUCAGAUGAUAUAAGGCUAAUCAGAACAUUCUUGCUAUCACACAAAAUAAAUUACACAUUCAUUGCAAAGAAUUAACCCCAGAAUAACGCCAACAUAACAAAACCCUGUUAGUGCUUACUAAUAUGUUUACA